AUGUAUCGAGGCUAUAUCACAUGAACGUAACCUCUCAAAAUGUCCUAUCCAGAUAAAAAUGAUAUGUCAUCAACAUUUGGAACAUCUUUUCCUAAAGAGUACCAGUAUGGGGGAGAGAGCAAUGAACCAGAUUCCCAGAGCAUGGUUGCCUCCCAGAAGCCUAGGAUACUCCUGAUGGGGCUUCGAAGGAGUGGAAAAACAUCGAUACAAAAAGUUGUUUUUCACAAAGUUUCACCGAAUGAAACUCUAUUCCUGGAAGCCACAAACAAAAUAGUGAAAGAAGAUGUCUCCAACUGUUCCUUUGUUCAGUUUCAAAUUUGGGAUCUGCCUGGGUCAGACCAUGUGAAUAUCUUCGAUACGGCCAACUUUGAUACGGAGUCAAUCAUCAUGGGUUGUGCCGCCAUAGUCUUUGUCAUUGAUGCACAGGAUGAAUACACAGAUGCCCUUGCCAAACUCCACACCACUGUAUCUAAAGCCUUCAGAAUCAACCCCGACAUCAAGUUUGAGGUGUUCAUCCACAAGGUCGAUGGAUUGUCGGAUGACCACAGGAUCGAGACACAAAGAGACAUCCACCAGAGAGCCAACGAUAAUUUGGCGGAUGAUGGUCUAGAAAAUAUCCAUCUCAGCUUUUCAUUAACAAGUAUAUAUGAUCAUUCCAUAUUUGAGGCAUUUAGUAAAGUGGUACAAAAGCUGAUUCCUCAGUUACCAGUGAUGGAGAACUUACUAAAUAUACUUAUAUCUAAUUCCGGUCUGGAGAAGGCGUUUCUGUUUGAUGUGGUGUGUAAGAUAUACUUGGCUACAGACAGCUCGGCGGUUGACAUGCAGUCCUAUGAGCUCUGUUGUGAUAUGAUAGAUGUGGUCAUUGACCUCUCAUCAAUAUAUGGCCAAAGGGAUGAUGCAGCUUUUGAUGAGAAGACUCGUUCAACAAUAAAACUAAACAACGGUACAAUACUGUACUUACGUGAGGUCAACAAAUACCUGGCGCUAGUCUGCAUACUCCGUGAGGAUAGCUUUGAAAAACAAGGAGUGAUAGAUUAUAACUUCAUGUGCUUCCAACAAGCCAUUCAAGAGGUGUUUGAAGUCAGUCCCACAGACACCACCAAGCUGGCCAUCAGUACGUCGGGGGACUACAGCCACACUAAUGGCUCUGUGAACUGAUAAUUCAACCCAGUGUUCAGAAAAUCCAGAAUGAUGGCCUUUGGGGCCACCAGUAAUCCCUGUGGCCUGGUAAGUGCCAUCUCUAACAAGUGACGGUCUGUCUGUGAACAGAGCAUGCUCCCUAACACAGGGCAUGCAUUGCAAUCUGAAGAAAACAGACUUUAUUUUCUCUGUGAUAAAUUGAUCAUUUGUUAUCACUUAUGCCUAACAGUGUAACACUUCGACAUUUCUGUUUGAAGGAUAUUAUCGGUUACCUCAUUGUCUGAUGUAUUUGAAUACUUUAUAAUUUGACAUUUGCAUAUUUUUCUAUCCAACAUUUUGAUCAUGUAGAUCCAUUCAAUUCAGAAUAUCAAUGCUGAUACUUUUUUCUUUUUGUAUAUCAUGUGUUUGACUGAUUUUUUUUGUUUGGGAUUUUUUUUUUGGGGGGGGAUGGUAAUUUUUCUUUGAUAUUUUAGAGUACUUAAUUAGAGGAAAAUUAUGUAGAAUUUGAUAAUCUUUUAAUAGUCAUAGGAGUUCUUUUUAAAAGAAGUAUUUAAAUGUAUUCAGUUAUACUUUGAGAUGCAGAUUGCUGAAAGUAUAUGUUAUGCUAGAAUGCAAAUAUAAUCAAUGUUUAUUUUCUUCUCUUUUUUUUUGGGGGGGGGGGGGGGGGGUAAGGGAACCAAGUACAUGUACUAUCUUUGCUGAUUUUGACUUUUGCAGUAUUUUGUUAUCGAAUGCAUACUUACAGUGUAUACAUGUGUUCUGAAUUUUAGAAUAAAAGCAUAUUUCCAUUUGAAGAAAAUGGAGAUGUAGACCAAAUCUAGUCGCUUUUUCACAUGACAGGAAUAUUUAUCUUUAUGAGAAAGUCAAACUGUUGUCAUGGGUUUGCAUUUACAGCAGAAAUGUGGAACCUAAUUAAAUACAUGUAUAUAGUAUUUCUGUGUCCCUAAUUUAGAGAUGUGAAAGUUGGAGACAUAUUCGUUACGAAAAUGCUUUAUUCUCAUUAUUCUUUUUACCAAAUGUAUGUCCCUUUUUGUUUUGUGAAAAAAUGCAUGAAAUUUCUCAUUUUACUGCAACAUCUUUUUUUGUAUUUUGUGCCAAGAGAAAUUUGAUGACCUUGCUGUAAUAUGAGAAUGCUUUCUCAUGCAUGUAAUGUAACACAAUGGUAACACAUUGGUCAUGUUGCUCUUAAUAGUUGCUGAUAAUUAUGCAUUACUCAUUGAUGUAAUAUUUUUCAUAUCCAUCUUUAUCAAAACAAAUUGAAUAAAAUGUAAAAUAAAGUAUCAA